AUGGGCCGCUGGUCACAUCUGGAUACGGACGAGGAACGCCUGCCCGAGGGCAUGGUGCGGAUCGGAUACGAUGCCGACGAUGAGACGUAUACGUUCCGCGAUGAACGGGACGGAAGCAUAUGGGAAUCGGCACCAGGCUGCCGCUACGGUCGGCUGCGCAAGAUCUCAGAGGGCACACUUAGCAGCGCCGGCCAGCAGCGACCACGGGCGUCAACCAUGCCGGCACCGCCGCCACCCUACAGCGAUGAGGCCCCCAACGCCUCGUUCACCGACAUCCUACGGGCCCACGCCGCCGACAUGGCCCAGGCGCCACCACCCGCUGCGCCCCAGCGCUCGUCGACGCAGUACCUCGAGCCGCAGCAGCCGUCUUGGCGCCACGAGCUGAUGCCGCUGCUGCACUUCUUCACGCUUAUAGGUCUGUUCCUUGUCGGCGUCUUUUGGCUCCUCGGCGGCUUCGACUCGAUUCUGAGUAACGAUGGCUCUCUGCAGAAGGUCGUGUGCGGCGAACUAGCGACCCCGUACGUGGUUCAACGGGGAGAUACGUGCUGGGCAAUUUCGCAAAGGAUCGGCGUUCAAGUGGACGACCUUUUGGCCGCAAACCAAAGACUUGAUUGUGAUAACUUAGCUCUGGGAAAGACUAUUUGCCUUCCGGAGGGCAAACCAGCAUGA